CCGAUGCCAGCAGACGCGCCACUCACCUGCAGACAAUUGGGUGGGAUUGGUGAUCAGUGGGGGCGGGCUGUGCCUUCACCGAGCGGGAGUCGUCCUCACUUCACCUUCACAUUUAACUCCGUUUCAUCUGUGCACAUCGCUGGAGAUGGUUGGAAUCGAACAAAACCUCAGUGAAGCGAGAAUAUGAAGCAACGAAAGGGCUGCGGAAAGCUGAACUCAGCCACUGUCGCAACAGGUGAGGGGCGGGGCUCAAAACACUGCGUCUGCUUGGCAUCGCUGUCAAUCAGACUAAGCCCCGCCUUUGUAACUACUAGCAACCAAUUUGAAGCCGGAAAACAUCAAGUUCGUGAGCAGCUAUCGUCGACUCUGAUCAAUUCAUGUACCACAGACAUGAGUGCAAAAAAACCCAAGGGCAGCAUGAACAAAGGGAAAGAUAAAAAGGAGGCGUUCCCUUCACGAGAGGAGGGGAGUUCUGUAGGAACAGGUCACCCUGACUACAUCUUCCCCCUGGUCUUAACAUCCGCCACGCAGGAGCUGUUCUGCUGCCGUGCCGACGUGGACGUGACUGGGGACGAGCCCCACAAGCUGCUGAGGAAAGAGGACAUCCUCCGGGACAUGAAGAACAGAGCGGCCGUGUCCGACUUCAGUCCACUCAAGCAGGCCGUGCUGGACUACCCCGAGGAGGAGUUGCUGCUGGUGUUUGAUCAGGAUUUCACCUACGGCCAGAGCUUCUACCUGGUGCUCACGGCGGGAGCAAAGGAGGACAUCCUCAGGCCCCCGCCAGGCAUGGAGGAGGAGGAGGAGGAAGGAGAUGAGUUGUUAGAGGUACAGAAGACGCCCGAGCCCAAGCCGUGGCUGUCUCUGGGCAGCGAGAGGGAGAUACAGGAGGAAUCCGUCACGGACACCAGACCCAGACUCAGGUAUAAGGUCUCCCGUGUGCGUCGUCAGUUUGGUGCGCCUGUCUGCUUCUGGGACCACAGCGCUGGGGCGAUGAGAGGCAGCUACGUCGAGUGCCCCUCCUACCAGGACAAGAGCUUCAGCCUCUGGAGGAUGGAGAAGGAGAACAGUGUACAGGCCAUCCCCAACACCAAGAGCUCAUCCUCCCAGACACUAUGGAAGUACCCAAGGAACAUGUGCACCCAGUAUGAACCUAGAGAGCUUGAGGACGAGGAGAAGGAACGCCUCCUGCAGUCAGCAGAUCUGAAGAACUUCCUGAACUCUGUCAGUGCCAGGUUUGAGCUAGCCAUUCAGCAGAACGAGAUCAUGGAUGUUUUCCUGGAUGACUGGAGGGCUCUGGGGGACGAGGAGAAUGUGCUUGGAGGGAAAGUGGACACACACCUGAAGGAGUACCAGUCCUUCACACACACACACUACAGCACCAACAAAACCAUCAGCUGCCUCUCCUGGCACCCCACAGUCAACGGUGUGAUAGCAGUGGCAGUAACAGAAAACCUGUCGUUUGAGGAGAGGAUUAACAACUCAACCAGACUGCUGCUUAACCCUUCUCUCAUUCUCUUCUGGAGCUUCUCUGACCCCAUCAACCCACAGUUGCUGCUGGAAUGUCCAGAUGACAUCUUUUGCUUCGAGUUCUGCCCCUCCAACCCAAACAUUAUCGCUGGAGGCUGUAUGAACGGUCAGGUGGCACUGUGGGACAUCUCGGCGCAUGUGGACAGACUGCAGGGAGCUCGCGGAGGAGGAGCUGCCAGAACCUCCAACGCCGACGUGCCGUGCUUUGAGGAUACGCGAGACAUUGCGCCCCCUACUGUGCGCUACUGCGCUGUGUCUGGCGUGGAGAGUGGGCACCGAGCUCCCAUCACCGACAUCCAGUGGCUGCCAGAGACCUUUGAGGUGUCCAGAACUGGGACUCCACUGGAAAAUAAGACUUUAAUAUCAGUGCAGAUAGUUACUUGUGCUCCUGACUGCUGUGUGAUGUUCUGGGACCUGCGUGCACCACGGACAGUGGUUAAUGCUCUGACAGAUACAAAACCGAAGCCUGAAGAGAAAACUGUGGAAAACCCUUAUGGAGUUCCAAGCACCUUCAAACAUCUGGACCUGACCUGGAAACCUCUCUUUAGGGUCGCUCUGCCUAAAGUAGACACCCGUGGGGAGUACAGUCCACUGAGGUUCAGUCUGUGGGGUAAUACAGAUAAGAGUGUUACCGUGGGCGACCGGCCCGAGCCUCCAGACUACGGCCAGCUCCAUUUGCCUUCAGCGAAGCACCAGCGGCAGACGGAUGACAUCAGCACCAAGUUCUAUGUGGGCACCGAGGAUGGUGAAGUGGUGUAUACAGACUGGAAACUGGAGAAAGACAAUGACUCAGGACAACUGUUCAGCCCUAAGCCAACCCACUGUUUCCGGGUCCAUGACUGCCUGGUAAACACAGUAUCGCGCUCCCCCUUCUACCUGGAUAUCAUUCUGACGGUGGGCGGCUGGAACUUCGCCAUCUGGAAGGAGGGUGUUAUGACAGGUCCACUGGUCCUGUCUGCCUGCUCCCAGAAGAGGUGCUCGGCGGGGGCGUGGUCCCUGACCCGGCCCGGGGUAAUGUACAUCGGGAAGGAGGAUGGCAACCUGGAGGUGUGGGACCUGCUGGAGAAGACACACGAGCCUUCCCAGAUCCAGAGCGUUACCACCUUCCCCAUCACCUGCAUCAAGCCCUGGACCGUGUCCCUGAAGCAGCAGCUGUUGGCUGUGUCUGAUCAUCAGGGCACGCUCCACAUUCUGCAGGUGCCAUGGAUGCUGCGCCACCCGGCCGCCAACGAGAAGCUGAGCGUGAGCCGAUACUUUGAGAAGGAGGUGGAGCACCUGGUCUACUUCGAGAAGAGGACGGAGAUGCGAGAGAGAGAGAAGAAGCAGGUGGAGGCAGAGGAGCAGAGGAGAAGAAUGGAAGGUGUUGUAGCACUGAAGCAGCUGGAGGAACUGGAGGAACAGGCACAGAGAGACUACGAGGACUACCUCACUCUGGAGAAAGCCAUUCUGAAGGACAUGGGCCUCCAAACACAGCAUAUGUCUGACCACUGAACACACACACACACACCUGCUCACAGGACAUAUCUGACAAAUGACCAAAAUGCACACAAAAAUGUUCAGAGGACAUAUGACACCUGGCCAAACACCCCCCCCCCCCCCCCACAAC